GGGGGGUAAACGCACAAUAUCAAAAAAGGGCCCACAGAAAGGCUGAGUGGCGCCAAAUCAUAUCCAAUUGGCAGAUUACGUUAUCACAAAUCUCCACUCACUCUUAACAAAAAAGGUCCAGUCCAAGUAUUUAUUUCCUGGGCUCCAUUUCCGGCCGCCGGUCCGAGCUUCCGACCAGAAAAAAUGGCAUUUUCCUCGUCUCUAUUCUCUCCCAUGACUUUCACCCCGAACCCCACCAGAACAAUCCGAAAACCUUUCACCGUCGCGGCAAUUCCACCGCUCUCCACAGUCACCGACGUCGCCUCAACCAUAGAUGGGACCACCGCCGCCGUCAUCGGAGGAGGAUCGGUGGCCGCAUUGGCUGCCGUAAUCUCACUAACGGACCCAGAACGGCGGAGGAAAAUGCAAGCCGAGGAAGUGGGCGGCGGGGAUAAGGAAGUGGUGAGGGAGUACUUCAACAACAACGGGUUCCAGAGAUGGAAGAAAAUAUAUGGAGAUACCGAUGAUGUGAACAGAGUUCAAUUGGACAUCCGAAUUGGGCAUGCCAAAACCGUGGAAAAUACCCUGAAGAUGUUGUUGGAUGAAGGGUCUCUCCAAGGUGUGACCGUUUGCGAUGCAGGGUGUGGGACCGGGUCAUUGUCGAUCCCGUUGGCUAAGGAAGGCGCCAUUGUUUAUGCUAGUGAUAUCUCUGCUUCUAUGGUUUCUGAAGCUCAGAAGAAGGCUCAAGAAGAGCUGCUGAAAGGUGAGAAUGGAAGCUCACCAGUUCCGGUUUUGCCGAAAUUUGAGGUGAAGGAUUUGGAAAGCUUAGAUGGAAAGUAUGACACAGUAAUUUGCUUAGAUGUUUUGAUACAUUACCCGCAAAGUAAAGCGGAUGGAAUGAUUGCUCAUCUUGCUUCCUUGGCUGAGAAUCGGCUGAUCCUGAGUUUUGCACCAAAGACAUUGUACUAUAGUGCGCUGAAGAGAAUUGGAGAAUUGUUCCCUGGACCUUCAAAAGCAACCAGGGCAUACCUUCAUGCUGAGGCUGAUGUCGAAAAUGCUCUGCGAAAAGUUGGCUGGAAAAUAAGGAAGAGAGGUACCAUUACAACACAGUUCUACUUCGCAAACCUUAUCGAGGCUGUUCCUGUCUAGGCUCAAAAUGUGAGGUCUUUGGAUGGAUUUUUAUUCCUUAAUGAUCCAAUGUGAACUUGUUUCAUACAGCCUGCAAGCGCCUGUAUAUUAGAAUAGUUAACAUACUAAUUAUCUCUUGUAGUGUCAACGAUUGAAAAGGGAAAGUUUUGGUGGUAAGACGCCUUCACCUAGCUAGAUCAGUUUAAACAUGUGGCUCCCCAGAUGAAAUUUUAUCCCUGUAUUAUAAAUCUCUGCAUCUAGGUUUAUUUUUGUGAUCGGUAGUGUUUAUUUUCGACUUCAAACGAUACUUUGAAGAUCAUAGGAUUUGGUUAUGUGAAAUAGUAAGCAGCCAUUUUCUCGCAAACCGCAAACCGAAGUAAACUGUAUACUACAAAACGAUGGAGGCGAUCUUCUAGGAUG